GUCAAAGCGUCCAACCAUUCUCAAUCUUCUGUUCACGCACUCCCUAAUACAUUCUCAUUUUUAAAAUUAAAAAUGACGUAUCCGAUCUCAUCUGCGGAUCGUCGCCAAUUUCUUAAAGAUUUUCUCGAAGAUGUUGUUCGAACUUUAAACAAUCCGAAUUUCGAAACUGUUCGGCACAUAUUUCCAAAUGCAAGUUUCGACCAGAUGGUUGAAUUAUAUAGUCAAAAGGACUUAUUGGCUCGGGAUUUUUAUGUGGCUGAAAAUGAUUUAAGAAUUUGUCGUGAAAUUUUAAGCUUUGAUAAUAUUCAACAUUUUUCUAAAACGUUAAAGAUCGCGAUCGAUCUUCAAACUGUUUGUGAUUCGUUGAAACGUUGGAAGACGAUGGAAUUACCAUCAAAUGAUUACACAGAACCAGAUCCAAGCAAGUUACCACCACUUCCUUCAAU